AUGAGCUCUGUACCACGUCCGGAAUCUGAGGCGUCUUCUCUGCCUUCAACCGCUGGUCUUACGACGGAAAAUGACCGUCGAAGAAGGGAUAACCUAAAUGACAAGAUGCAAUCGCUUUUGCAAGUAAUACCAGAGGAUAUGUUUCAGGAAUACUAUCGUCGGAAGGACUCUAAAGAUUUUAAAGAUAUUGCGGAGCUUGAUUACGGCCACAGCACACCCGGUAGUGGCGGGAUCACUGGUGGAGGCUCUGGAAGCAGUAGUAAACCCAAAGGUACAGGAACCAAAGACGGUAAGCCGAACAAGGGCCAGAUUUUGACCCAGGCGGUGGAAUACAUGACAAGAUUACAGGCACAAGUGGACGCGCGCAACCGGGAAGAAGUGGAGCUAAUUUUGCGGGUCAAAGAGCUCAGUAAGAAAACAGGCGUUGCGCUCAACGAUAUCAAUUUAGACAAUACGAGUGCUGAGAUAGCCCUGGCCAGAAUUGGCGUGGGCCCACUGGCUGGUGCUGCCGAAGAUACUCUCGACGGGUCGGAUAAUUUCAAGGGCGGACAUCAUGGUUAG